GACAGUGUUAUAUGAUCGAUGUAGCUACGUAGUAUUCAAAUCGAAAAUGGGAUGUACUGUCGCUAGUGUACGAACAAUUUCGAUGAUAUAAUUAUGAAUGCAAUUACUCUGAUCGCUAUAUUAUACAUUGCUGAAUUAUGUUGCAGUACUUUAUUACCACCAACAGGAAAAAAUAAGAAAGAAAAAGGAAAGUUUCACGAUAAAUCGUAUAAAGGUCCGGUGGACCAAAAUGUUUUCCAAAGAAACUUGGUAGUGGAAAAUCCUAAACAACAGGAUAUUCUUCAAGAAUCUGGUCGAUAUUUUCAAAAUACUAAGCACAGAAGAUUUAAGGGAGAUGUCUUAGGAUAUUGUACACCCUGGAACAAAAAUGGUUUUGAGAUUUCAAAAACAUUUCAUGGCAAGUUUACAAUAGUAUCUCCUGUAUGGUUAGCUUUUUCUUUUGGUAACACUUCAACCUAUCAGUUAUCCACCCAUUCUGUCCAGACUAAAUGGAUAAAGGAAAUGAGAGCCAAUAACAAAGUUAAUCAUAUCGUAAAGCUUAUACCUAGAGUGUUAUUUGAACACUGGUCAGUUGACGACAUUAUUAAGAUAUACAUUAAUACGGAGAGUCAAACUCAAUUAAUAGUAUCUCUCUUAGAUGCUGCCAAGACUUUUCACUUCGACGGAUAUGUCUUAGAAAUAUGGAAUCAAUUUAUAUUUGCAGGUGCAAAUCUACCAAUUGUUACAUCUGUAGUCAAAUUCAUUGCACAAAAGUUAAAGAAACAUAAUUUAGAUAUUAUAUUAGCAAUACCACCAUCCAGAGGUGCACAAGUUGAAUUAUUUUCAAAGCAAGAGUUUGAUGAAUUAGCAUCAUAUGUAAACGCCUUUUCGCUUAUGACCUAUGAUUAUUCGAGUAUUCAAAGGCCAGGUCCAAAUAGUCCUCUCGAUUGGACCAGACAAUGUGUUGAAUUUUUAGCUCCAGAGAAAAACAAUCUUAGACGAUCUCAAAUUUUAUUAGGUAUUAAUUUCUAUGGUUACAAUUAUACACCAGAGGGUGGCAAGGCAAUUCUCGCCUCUGAAUAUUUGGAUAUAUUAAAGUCAUUUAAAGGAAAAAUUCAAUGGGAUAACAACAGCAAAGAGCAUUUCUUUGAAUCGAAAUUAGCUACAGGUAAUGGCUAUAUUUUCUACCCUACGUUAUAUUCAAUUAAGGCUCGAUUAGAACUUGCUAAUGAAUUGGGUACAGGAAUUUCGAUUUGGGAAUUAGGCCAAGGAUUGAAUUAUUUUUAUGACUUACUAUAAAUUGUUACAUAAUUUUUUAUUUUAUGUAAUAAAAAUUUUGUAAUACUUACAUGUAAGAUGCAUGUAUAAGAGAUAACAAAAAAAUAUAUUUC